GUUACGAAGUCGCAUUUGCACAAUCAUUCUAGUCCCAUAUUUUUGUUCAUCCAGCAAACUCACCAAAAACACAGCAGCGAGCAUGGACUGGGAUCGCAAUAGGAGGUUCGGUGGAUUUAUUUAUCACAUUCAUCUAUCAAGGCUGAUGAUGUUCUUAGGUUUGAUGAACACCGCGGCGGCGAGAGCUAUCGGCCUGCUGGCUCUAGAGGUUACAGUCGACGCAGUAGGUCGCCUCCUCGAGUCCGCUCUCCACGUUUCGUCGCAGAUACAUGGGUUCCCAGUAAUCGCACAUAUGGACGUGCCCGUAGUCGGUCACCCGUUCCUACUAGGCGUCGUUCUUCACGGAGCCCUCCCUCAUUCACUCGAGAUAUUGUAAUGGGUCCUUAUUUGCAGUCAUCAAAUCCACCAAGGCGCUUUUCACCCAGGCGGGAAGGCAGGAAUCGCUCACCUCAUCAGCCACUUUGGCGAUCAAGAUCUCCAUAUUCUGAUAGCUCUCAUCGGGAGAUGACAUGGAGCCGAGGCGCACUGAAAAGACUACGAGAAGCGUCGCCUCCCGGUCAAGACUUCAGACAGCCUCGUAGAGAACGUCCUCCUUUGCCUGCAGACAAGUAUGCAAAAUUUGAGCCCUCUGCUCGGGAAACCAAUGGUCGCAUGCCUCUACUGCACCGAUCACGAAGCCCCUUACACCCAAUACGCAGAGAUCGAGCUUCAGACAUUAGUGUAUCUCAGAAGCGGCCAUCGUCUGCCAAAGGUGAUCUUUCUCCAGUACGAACGCAUGCUUCUGGCUCAAUACCAGACUCAAGGCCGUCAUCUCCAGCUAACGAGAGACCCAACACCUUACCUCACCAAAUCCGAGAUCGGUCUCCAUUGCAUCGUGUACCUGCCCGAUGCCAGCCUAGACAUCUAGACUUUUCAAACCGUCGCGACGGCCGGUCAGGCUUGUCAUCAGAUAAGCUCAAUCUCGAUGAAGCCAGGUCAAGAUUGCCAGACCCGGACCAAGCUGGCACCAAUCCAGGGAACGCAAAUAAAGAUAAAACUGACCGACGUCCGUCCUCCGAUGCUCAAUUUGCUGAAAAAUCGCACAUCACCUCCUUUCACCCAGGUAAUGUUCCAACGCAGCCGAAGGCUUACAGUACCUUGCAAACCCAAGUGCCACCAUCAGGCCCAUCACACGGCCUCAAGGCAUUGCCUCAGCAGAUUCGCGGUUCGAACAUGUCUUUACUAUCCGCUCCAACUCGGCCGCGUGGUGCUACCAGCUUCAAGGAUAAUUCUUGGAUAGCAUCGUCAAUGCGCCGUGGGGGUGUGUCUAUCGGGCUUCAUGGACAUCCCCCAACCGGGCCCCGUAAUAGUAUCACUCCUACAACACCAACCAUGGAUGGCAGUCGGAACGCGUCCGGCAGACAGAAUAGUGUUACUGGGAAUAACCAACUACGCCCACAGAAUGGUCCCAAUCACUUAAUGGGGCUACGAGCGAUCAUUCCUGGAGGCAAGCCUUUUACCUCCGGCCUCAGUGUCUCUCUUGAAAAACGACUCUCUCAGUUAGAAUCGGACAAAGAUAGGCUUGUCGAACAGGCAAGUGAUAAUCAAAGAUUAAAUCGUCUCAGUGCUCGCGACUGGGGCAGGCUAGACAGGGAAAGCUCCAUUUGCGCCCUGAAGAGCGAAUUGGCAGACGGACACCUACAACGAAUUAGUGAUAACGAAAGUAUGCACCUUGGCACGACAUUCUGAGGUGGGUUAUUCGAGGCUCUAUUUUCGUCAUCUGUGACUAUGGUCUAUUGUUAGAGGGUCAUUGCCUUAGAUGCACUGUAGCUUGCAGUUUUCUCGGCUGAAUUCCUGCCUAUCACUGUGACCGCUCUUGAACAUGUCUCGUUUCACAAUCCAAUAUCUCAUGGUUCCACCCUCUAUUGAUUCUGAAAAUAUUAUUAUUAACGAAUUUAAUUGUAAGGACUCUUUAUUAUUUAU